AUGGAAUUCUCGGAUGAAGAUGAUUUUUGGUUCAGUACUCCAAAGAAUGGUAGUAAUUAUCCUAAUUCAAUGUCAAAUGGGAAGGUGGAGGAGCUGGGUAAGAAUGUUGCUGAUAUAAGUAUGGACUCUGAAGGUGGUGAAUGGGAGACGUGUGUUCGUAAGUCCAAGAAUAACUCUUUGAACAAACCCGAAAAACAAUGGAAUCAACAAACUGUGAAUUCCCCGCCUAAAGCUUGGGGGAAUAAUGGGAAAAAUGCAGGUAAGGGUUGGCAACAACCAAAGGCAGGAAGAGGAAAUAGUUUCAGUAACAAUUUGGCAGCUUUAGAGCCUGCAAUUGGUCUGUCUCUUCAGAAUGGAUGGAAUUGGUCUUCAACGGCUGCCGCUUCUACUGUUGCUGCUGCCAAUGUGCAAGUUUUGAAGGAAACAGUUUUCAAUAAUCAUGAGUCUAAUGAGUAUGAUGUACUUGAUGAUUCUGACAAUGAUGUGUAUGAUUCAGGUGCAAGUGAGAUGAGCCAUGAAACUAGGAAGAAACAGAAGAUGUUAGACGAUUUCUUUAAGAUAUUUGAUAAAUGUUCGAAUGAGGAAAUGAAUGAUGUAGCCAGACAGUGGCACUGGCUGGCAUGCCAGGAUGGUCCAGGUGCAAUUUACUGGUAUAAAGGUUUGCCAUCGAUUGUCACGCAUGCAUUAAAGGGGGCGAUUAGGAUGAAGCUACAUUGCGAGCUUGCGACACUAUUGGAUGAAGAACGCAAGAUUCGAGGAGCCCCGAUUGUACCAGCUGGUGAAGCAUUUGGCCAAUGGAGGGGUCUUUCACAUCAAACAAUGAAAGAUUGCAAAAUUGUGUGGCCUCCCAUAGUUAUUAUUAUGAACACAAAACUCAAAAAAGGUGAAGAUGAAAAGUGGAUAGGCAUGGGAAAUCCAGAGCUGUUGCAAUAUUUCCAUGAAUACAAUACUUCAAAAGCUAAACAUGCUGAUGAACCUCAAGGUCACCGUGGGAUGAGUAUUAUGAUAUUCGAUAGCUCAUCUACAGGACACAUGGAAGCUUAUCGCAAUUCUGUCAUGUUCUAUCUUGGUGGAAAGCGUCAACUCUAUGGAUUCAUGGCAGAUAAUAAAGACAUGGAUGUCUUCAACCAACAUUGCCAAGGAAAGGGGAAGCUGAAAUAUGAGUUGUAG